AAUUUAAUCCAUAUCCAUAUCCAUAGAUAUGAUGAUGAUGCUGAUGAUGAUGUUUGUAGCCUGAGUCUAAAUUAGUUUUAUCAUCAUCAUUUGAAUCAUUAUUAUUAAAUCUCAGUGAUUAUAAUAUUAUUAAAACAAAUAUCGUUAGAUUAACUAUUGAACAUGUUACCAAGUAUUUCAUUUCGAGCUCGUAGUUACUCAUUAACAAUUAGUGAAAAUUUACUGACCAAUGGAUCAGGAGUAGGUGGUGAUCAUCGUCGUCGUUCAAUAAGUAAUCAAGUUUCAUAUGUUAAUCAGAAUAAUUCAACUAAUCAUCCAUGUUCAUCAUCUAUUGUUCAAAGCAUAAAUUCAUCGACAAAGUCAAUUGUUUCAUCAAAAUCAAUUAAAUCAUCGACAACAACAUUACCACAAUCAUCUUCACAUCCAUCGACAAUAAUUAAAUCAUCAGUGGCUCGUAAAGAAAACACCGAAAAACAUAUCAAGUUGAACCUAAAUUGUACCUAUGAUAAAACGGAUUGCCCAUCAUCAUUAUCAUCACCAACCACACCACCACCGUUGAUUCAACAACAACAAGUUUCUUUUGCCAAAAGUUACUACGAUAAUUCAAUUAUGUUACAAUCAAAGUGUAAUGGGUCAGUGAUGAGUCAAUUGGAUCCAAAUGAAUUACUUCAAAUUAAUCAACAAUCAGCUGAUUUACAAACGGAAACACAAUCAGUUACAUUUGCAAAUAAUAUAAUCAAUGAUUCAAAUAAUAAUAAUAACAGCCGAUUACCUUAUAUUUGUGAAGAUAAAUUAACUUCAAAUAGUAAUAAUAAUAUUAUCAAUCGAUCCACAAGUGACCUGGUCAAGAUACGAACAAAUGAAAGUCUUAUGAUUGAUCUUGAUUCUAAUAAUAAUAAAGAUAAUAAUUCAACGGCUUCUCCUUUUCAACUUUGUCCACCCGCUGGUGGUGGACUUGUACCUUUAGAUGUUGAUAGGAAAAGUCGAUCAUUUUCGGGAUUUUCAGGUAUAAGUCACUAUUCUGGUCGACGGAAAUCAACGCUUCUCCGAGAUGAAUCACCUUAUAAAGCUUUACGAGAAUUAAUUAUUCCCUGUUUAAUUGCUGGAUUUGGUAAUGUUGCCACCGGUGUUAUAUUUGCUCACGUUCAAUCUUGGCCUGUCUUUGAGAAUGUACCUCAGCUCAAUAUUCUGGUUCCCGCUUUACUUGGACUUAAGGGUAACGUUGAGAUGACCUUAGCUUCAAGAUUAUCUACUCACGCUAAUCUGGGUGAUCUUGAUGAUAAAAUUGCAAGGAAAAAGUUGAUCACUGGAAACAUGGCUCUGGUACAAACUCAAGCUUCAACGGUGGGGUUUGUUGCUCCACUUUUGGCUUUAGCCGUUUCAUAUAUUUGGCCUUCAGAUGGUUCUGAUUUAACUCUUCACGAGGCCAUUUUAUUGAUCGCUGGUUCCGUUUUAACGGCAAACAUUGCUAAUCUUUUCCUUGGGUCACUUAUGUGUGGUGUUAUUGUUGCUUCUCGUCGUCUUAAAAUCAAUCCCGAUAACAUUGCGACACCAAUAGCCGCUUCUUUCGGUGAUCUGACCACAAUGGCUCUCCUGGCAUAUAUUAGUCACCUUUUAUUCAUGAUUAUUCAUAUUCCCUGGAUUCAAAUGGUCAUUCUUGGUGUUAUCAUGGCUUUUAUCCCAUUCUUUGUGAUGUUUGCCAAGAAACUUGCAGUCACCCGGAAAUUAUUGAUCACUGGUUGGUUUCCAAUUUGUGGGGCUAUGAUUUUACAAAUAACCGGAGGCAAAAUUAUGGAAAAUUCACUUGAUCAAUUCACUCGAUUAGCCGCUUUUCAACCGGUAAUUAAUGGUGUUGGUGGUAAUCUCGCCGCUGUUCAAACAAGUCGUAUAUCAACAUAUCUUCACCGUCGGACAGUUAAGAAGCAACUUCCUGAUCCGGAUAAUGAAUUAUGCACUUACCCUGGAAGAGUUUUUUUCAAUUUAGACAGUGAUCACGCAAUUAUGGCUCGAUUCUUGUUAUUACUAUCAAUACCUAGUCAUUUGUUAUUUAUUUUUGUAAUCAAAUUGGUUCGAGAUCAUUUUACAAUGACAGGUACUUUUUUAACUAUUUAUAUGAUUGCUGCUGUCAUUCAAGUUGCCAUAUUGAUUCAAGUAUCCUACACCUUGGUACAUUUUAUUUGGAGGAAAGGAUUUAAUCCAGAUAAUUCAGCAUUACCCUUUUUAACUGCUUUCGGUGAUUUAAUUGGCUCAGUCCUUUUGGCUUUAGCAUUUACUUUACUUUCAGGAUUAGGUGAUGUUAAUGCCCUUCAACCAAUACCAAGUUUAACUGGACAAUUUAAACCAAUUGCACCUAAAUCAUUGGUAACCCGAUAUCCAACGACUUCAUCAACACCAAGCACUACAAAAAUUUUAUCAACAUUCAUUGAGACAAUUACAACUGAAUCAAUGAGACCAUUUAAAUAAAAUUUUUGGCUAUAUGAGAAUAGUGAAAGAGAG